AUGGGAUGCGGGGUCUGGGGCGCGGGACCCCUGGCCGGGCUGUGGCUGCUGCUGCUGCCGCUGGGGGCGCCUCCGGGGGCCGGGACGCCGGGGACACCGGCCGGCUGGGUGAGCACGGUCGCAGGCCUGGGCGUCCGGCGGGGGCUGGGGUCGGGGGCCCCGGGCAACCUGGAGGCAGGUGUGGGGCGUCUGGAGCAGGGGCCCCGGCACUGUGUCGGCUCUGUCGGCCCCCAGAACCAGACCGAGCUCCCGGAGCAGAACUCCUCGGCGACCCCUGGGCCCCCCUGGACCCCUGCGGCCUCGGUGGCCCCCACGGGCGCUGCAGGGACGGAAGGGCCCCAUGGGGGGGGGCUCAGACCCCUGUCCAGAGCGGCUCCUUCCGACAGCAGCCCAGGUGGGUCUGGAGGGCUUCCUGGAGGUGGAGUGCUCACGGAGGACGGGCGGCCCUGCAGGUUCCCCUUCCGCUACGGAGGCCGCGUGCUCCACGCCUGCACCUUGGAGGGCGGCGCCCGCCGGACGUGGUGCGCCACCACCCACAACUACGACCGGGACCGGGCCUGGGGCUACUGCGCUCAGGCGUCCACGACGCGGGGCGGCCCAGCGCCCCCGGAUCCCUGCGCCUCGCACCCCUGCCUCCACGGGGGCUCCUGCUCCAGUACCCCGGGCGCCCUGGCCUUCAGCUGCAGCUGCCCGGCCGCCUUCGCGGGUCCUGACUGCGGCUUUGAGAAUUGCUUCGACGAGACGCGCUGGGAGCACCUGGAGGACGGGGCACGCUGGACGCGCGCUCGCGGGGGCCGGGUGGAGCAGUGCCUGUGCGUAGGGGGCCAGGUGACCUGCGAGGACACGCGCCACACAGAGUGCCUGCGCAGCCCCUGCCUCAAUGGCGGCACCUGCCACCUGGAAGUGGCCUCCGGGACUCCCGUGUGCUCCUGCCCCCCGGGCCUGGCCGGCCGCGUCUGCAACAUCAACCCCGCGCAGCGCUGCUUCCGGGGCUCGGGCGCGGACUUCCGCGGCGUGGCAGGUGCGGCUGCGGGGCUGAGCUGCCUGGCCUGGGACUAGCUGCUGGACCAGGAGCUGCACGCGGACGCGGUGGCCGACGCCGCCCUGCUGGGGCUGGGCGCCCACAACUACUGCCGCAACCCCGAUGAGGACGAGCGGCCUUGGUGCUACGUGGUCCGGGCGGGGGUCCUGUCCUGGGAAUACUGCGUCCUGGAGGCCUGCGAGCCCCUCGGCAGGACGCAGCCCGCACCCCGGGUGCCGCCCCCGGAGCCCGGUUCCCGCCCCGCGCGCCCCACCUGCGGCCGGCGGCACAAGAAGAGGCUCUUCCUGCGGCCCCGCAUCCUGGGGGGCUCGGCCGCGCUGCCCGGCUCCCACCCCUGGCUGGCCGCCAUCUACAUCGGGGACGGCUUCUGCGCCGGCAGCCUGGUGCACACCUGCUGGGUGCUGUCUGCGGCCCACUGCUUCUCCGCCAGCCCGGCCCGGGAGCGCGUGUCGGUGGUGCUGGGUCAGCACUUCUUCAACCGGACCACGGCCGUGACCCAGACGUUCGCGGUGGAGAAGUACGUCCCCUACCCGCGCUACUCCGUGUUCAGCCCCAGCGACCACGACCUGGUCCUGAUCCGGUUGAAGAAGAAGGGUGACCGCUGCGCCGUGCGCUCCCAGUUUGUGCAGCCCAUCUGCCUGCCCGAGCGCGCCAGCCCCUUCCCCGCCGGGCACAAGUGUCUGAUCGCCGGCUGGGGCCACCAGGCCGAGGGGCAGAGUGGCUACGCGCCCAGCCUGCGGGAGACGCUGGUGCCCCUGGUGGCAGACCACAAGUGCAGCAGCCCCGAGGUGUACGGGGCAGACCUCAGCCCCAACAUGCUCUGCGCCGGCUACUUCGACUGCAAGGCAGACGCCUGCCAGGGGGACUCGGGCGGACCCCUAGCCUGCGAGAAGGACGGGGUGGCCUACCUGUAUGGCAUCAUCAGCUGGGGCGACGGCUGCGGGAGACUCAACAGGCCUGGCGUCUACACCCGCGUGGACCACUACGUGGACUGGAUCACCGACAAGAUCCGUCCUCCCAGGCGCCCGUCCUGAGCCUCCCGUACCCCAAUUACAGAUGCGCCCCAGCAGCC